UGAUCCUAACGUGCAUGGCAAAAUCCACCGGGGAUAAGUUGUCUGUGUGUGGCAUACACACACAAAAUGCUAGAAGCCCAUUAUGUGAACUGAACUCAUUUCCAAUGGCAAUUUCCAAUUCUCCAGAUUGGUCAGUAGCUUCCAUUUAUUCUUGCAGAAAACCCUAUAAUAAUAAAAUCAUCAUCUUUACUCCUUCAUGUAAAACCCUUCCCUUCCUCACUCUUGCAAUUUCCAAAUUUUCCCUUUUUCGAACCCUCUCUUCCAGUUGCCCAUCUCCAAUCUUGGAAAACCCAUCUACAAAUUUUCCACUAACUCAAUUAGAUUUGAAAACUCAGGAUUCUCAAGAAUAUAAAGUACCAGAUUCAGAGAAUUUAAAUGAUUUCUUGUGUAGAAUCUUGCAAGAUCCGAGAACUGAAAACCUAGCUUAUGAAUAUUACAAGAAAGCAAAGGAAAGUCAAGAAUUUACACCAGAAAAAUCAAUGCUAAAGCUUCUAAUAAGGUACUCGAUAAAAUCAAAGAAUUGGGAUUUCAUUUUAUCUGUCUUGGAUGAUUUCAGGAAAUACAAUGUGUUUCCUGAUAGUUAUACUUGUUCCAAACUAGUUAGUAGCUGUAUUAAAGCUAGAAAAUUCAGAAUUGUAGAAUCUUUACUUGAAAUUUUCAAAUCUCACAGUAAAAUUGCUGUCUUGGCUUUUGAUUCAGCUAUGAAAGGCUAUAAUAAGCUACAUAUGUACGGUAGCACGAUUCCGGUAUAUGAGAAAAUGAAAUUAGCAGGCAUUUUUAUGGAUUCUGGGGGUUAUUGUCAGAUAAUGAAGGCAUACCAGAAAAUUGGUGAUACAGAGAGGGUUCUUGCAUUGUUCAAUGAAUUUGAAAGCAGAAAAUUCGAAAAUUCAAGAACAAGUCUAAUCCAAAUUUAUAGGAUUUUAUGCGAGUCAUUGGGGAAAUCAGGUAGAGCUUUUGAAGCUCUUGAAUAUUUUAGGGAUAUGGGAAAGAAAGGGAUUUUUGGGGAUUCUCGAAUUUACUCUUCUUUAAUAUGCUCAUUUGCAAGCAUUAGAGAGAUAAAUGUAGCUGAAGACCUAUUUAAAGAAGCUGAAAAGAAUAAAAUGUUAAGAGAUCCAGAAAUUUUCUUGAAACUUAUUUUGAUGUAUGUAGAAGAAGGGUUAAUAGAGGAGAUUCUUGAGAUUGUUAAAGCAAUGAAGCGUGUAAAAAUGAGGAUGUCUGAUUGCAUAUUCUGUGCAAUUGUUAAUGGGUUUGCAAGAAGGAGAGGGUUUCGCGCAGCUGUAAGAGUGUAUGAGGAGUUGAAAUCUGAUGACUGUGAACCAGGACAGGUGACCUAUGCUUCAAUUAUAAAUGCAUAUUGUCGAGUUGGUUUAUAUUCUAAAGCUGAAAUAGUGUUCUUGGAAAUGCAAGAAAAAGGGUUUGAUAAAUGUGUUGUUGCAUAUUCUAGCAUAAUUGCUAUGUAUGGUAAGACAGGCAGGCUAAGAGAUGCAAUGAGGCUUGUGGCAAAGAUGAAAGUAAAUGGCUGUGAACCGAAUGUCUGGAUAUACAAUUCUCUAUUGGAUAUGCAUGGAAGAGUCAAGAACUUGAGGCAGGUAGAGAAGCUAUGGAAAGAAAUGAAGAGAAGGAAAAUCGCCCCGGAUAAAGUUACUUACACUAGUGUUAUUAGUGCUUACAAUAAGGUGAAGGAGUUCGAUACGUGUGUGAGUUACUACCAUGAGUAUAGAAUCAAUGGAGGUGCAAUUGACAAAGCUAUGGCAGGAAUCAUGGUUGGAGUUUUCUCUAAAAUUGGUCGAAUCGAUGAAUUGUUGAGACUUCUUCAUGAUAUGAAAAUAGAAGGGACUCCAUUAGAUGGGAGGCUUUAUCGGUCUGCUUUCAAUGCAUUGAGGGAUGCAGGGCUACAAAUGCAAGCCAAAUGGUUGCAGGAAAGCUUUGAGGCAUUGCAAUGUACAUGAUAUCUAUAGUAUAGCCAAUUAGAACUGCUAUUUUUAAGGCAAUGGAAAGGUGAGAAAUAUGUACAUGUUCUAACAUGAGGCUUUCAAUGCUAGAUGCCUUUGUUUAAGUAGUAGUUGUAUAACUUGUGUUUCUCCUUUGGUUUUUCCUACCAAAAAUUCAAUGGAGCUUCAUGUGUUGUCUAUAUUCUGUAAAUA